CCCUCGGCGAAGGAUGGCAGAAGGGGGAGAGGGAGAGGAGGAGAUUCAGUUCCUGCGAACGGAUGACCAGGUCGUUCUGCAGUGCACUGCCUCCGUCCUGAAGGAGCAGAUUAAACUAUGUCUGUCCUGCGAGGGCUUUGGAAACCGCCUCUGCUUCCUAGAAACCACAUCCAAUGCUCAGAAUGUGCCCCCGGACCUAGCCAUAUGUACCUUCAUUCUGGAGCAGUCCCUGUCGGUCCGCGCUCUGCAGGAGAUGUUGGCCAACACGGUGGAGAUGACCGAGUCGUCCCAAGGUGGAGGUCAUCGUACCUUGCUGUACGGUCACGCCAUCCUUCUGAGACACAACCACUCAGGCAUGUACCUGAGCUGUUUGACUACAUCUCGGUCACUCACAGACAAGCUGGCCUUUGACGUGGGCUUACAAGAAGAUUCCACUGGUGAGGCAUGUUGGUGGACCAUUCAUCCAGCUUCAAAGCAAAGGUCAGAAGGUGAAAAGGUGAGGGUGGGUGAUGACCUCAUCCUCGUCAGUGUGUCCUCUGAGCGAUACCUGCACCUGUCUUACGCCAGUGGAGAUCUGAUGGUGGAUGCCUCCUUCAUGCAGACGCUGUGGAACAUGAAUCCAAUUAGUUCAGGAUGUGAACUAGCUGAGGGGUUUCUGACUGGGGGUCAUGUUCUCAGGCUGUUCCACGGCCACAUGGACGAAUGUCUGGCCAUCGCUACACCAGAAGAAGGAGAGGAAAAGCGCAGGAUGGCUCAUUAUGAAGGUGGUGCUGUGUGCAGCCAGGCUCGAUCCCUGUGGAGGUUGGAACCCCUCAGAAUCAGCUGGAGCGGUAGCCACAUGAAGUGGGGGCAGUCUUUCCGUAUUCGCCACAUCACCACAGGCCGGUACCUGUGUCUGGAUGAGGAGAAGGGUCUGUUGGUGGUCGACCCAGAGAGGGCCAACACCAAACUAUCUGCUUUCUGCUUCCGAAUUUCAAAGGAGAAGGUGGACGUGGCUCAGAAGCGUGAUGUUGAGGGAAUGGGCAUUCCAGAGAUAAAGUAUGGAGAGUCCAUGUGCUUCGUCCAGCAUGUUUCCACAGGCCUGUGGCUCACAUAUGCCGCCCUGGAUGCCAAAGCUGCUCGUUUGGGAAUGAUGAAGAGAAAGGUCAUUCUGCACCAGGAGGGUCAUAUGGAUGAUGCCCUAACUGUGUCCCGCUCCCAAACUGAAGAGUCUCAGGCUGCUCGAAUGAUUUAUAGCACUAUGGGCCUAUUCAGGCAAUUCAUCAAGGGUCUGGACUCUCUGAGUGGGAAGAACAAAUCACCGGGGGCUGUGUCACUUCCUCUGGAGGGGGUCAUCCUUUCUCUUCAGGAUCUCAUCUUCUACUUCCGUCCUCCGGAGGAGGAACUGGAGCAUGAGGAGAAGCAGACCAAACUUCGCUCCCUCCGCAACCGGCAGAACCUCUUCCAAGAGGAGGGAAUGAUCACCAUUGUGCUGGAGUGCAUUGACCGCCUGAAUGUGUACAACACUGCUGCCCACUUCUCUGAAUUUGCUGGGGAGGAAGCCGCUGAGUCCUGGAAGGAGAUUGUAAACCUCCUUUAUGAGCUGCUGGCUUCUCUAAUCAGGGGGAAUCGAUCUAAUUGCGCAUUGUUCUGUGACAACCUGGACUGGCUGGUCAGCAAGCUGGACCGUCUGGAGGCCUCUUCAGGUAUUCUUGAGGUGCUGUACUGUGUGCUAAUUGAAAGCCCUGAGGUUCUGAACAUCAUCCAGGAGAACCACAUUAAAUCUAUCAUCUCUCUCCUGGACAAGCAUGGAAGGAACCACAAGGUCCUGGAUGUCUUGCGCUCUCUUUGUGUGUGUAAUGGUGUAGCUGUGAGGUCCAACCAGAACCUCAUCACUGAAAAUCUGCUUCCGGGUCGUGACCUCUUGCUGCAGACCAACAUUGUAAACUAUGUCACCAGUGUCAGGCCAAACAUCUUCCUCGGUACAUGUGAGGGGUCCACGCAGUACAAGAAGUGGUACUACGAGAUGAUGGUAGACUACGUAGAACCCUUUGUGACAGCACAGGCUACCCACCUGCGUGUGGGAUGGGCCAUGACCGAGGGCUACAGCCCCUACCCUGGAGGAGGAGAAGGCUGGGGAGGCAAUGGUGUGGGAGAUGACCUCUACUCCUAUGGCUUUGAUGGGCUGCAUCUAUGGUCAGGUACCGUACCCCGCCAGGUGGCUUCCCCCAAUGCACACACCCUGGCUGCAGAUGAUGUUGUCAGCUGCUGUCUGGAUCUGAGCGUGCCCAGUAUCUCCUUCCGUAUCAAUGGCCAUCCAGUUCAGGGCAUGUUUGAAAACUUCAAUGUGGACGGCCUCUUCUUUCCUGUCAUCAGCUUCUCUGCUGGAGUCAAGGCUCGGUUCCUCCUUGGUGGUCGACAUGGAGAUUUCAAAUUCAUGCCCCCGCCUGGAUAUGCCCCGUGCUAUGAGGCUCUGCUGCCAAGAGAGAGGAUGCGUAUUGAGCCCAUCAAGGAGUACAAGCAUGACUUCAGUGGCGUGCGCAACCUGCUGGGUCCUACCCUGUCCCUCACACACACCUCGUUCACCCCCUGCCCUGUGGACACUGUCCAGAUCGUGUUGCCUCCGCACUUGGAGCGCAUCCGAGAGAAGCUUGCAGAGAAUAUUCACGAGCUCUGGGCUGUCACCCGUAUUGAGCAGGGCUGGACCUACGGGACUUUCAGGGAUGACAACAAGAAACUCCAUCCUUGUCUGGUGGACUUCCAGAGUCUCCCUGAACCAGAGAGGAACUACAACCUGCAGAUGUCUGGCGAGACUCUCAAGACUCUUCUGGCACUGGGUUGCCAUGUUGGUAUGGGUGACGAGAAAGCAGAGGAGAACCUUAAGAAGAUCAAGUUGCCCAAGACCUAUGUGAUGACUAAUGGAUACAAGCCUGCCCCCCUUGACCUCAGCCAUGUCAAACUGACACCAAACCAGAACCAGCUUGUAGAAAAACUGGCAGAAAAUGGGCAUAAUGUUUGGGCAAGGGACCGGGUACGGCAAGGAUGGACCUACAGUAUCGUGCAGGACAUCUUAAAUAAGCGAAACCCUCGUUUGGUACCAUACAACCUGCUGGACGAGAGAACUAAAAAAACCAACCGGGACAGUGUUAACAACGCUGUCCGCACCCUCAUUGGCUAUGGCUACAACAUUGAGCCUCCAGAUCAGGAGACUGGCCAUGGCCUCGAGAACACCCGCGGCGACAAGGUACGAAUCUUCAGGGCAGAGAAGUCGUAUGCUGUCACCCAAGGGAAGUGGUACUUUGAGUUUGAGGCAGUAACCACAGGGGAGAUGAGAGUGGGCUGGUCACGUCCUAACGUCCGCUCUGACACUGAGCUGGGAGCAGAUGAACUGUCCUACGUAUUUAAUGGCAAUAAGGCUCAAAGAUGGCAUAUUGGCAAUGAACCCUUCGGUCGCCAGUGGCAGUCUGGUGAUGUUGUUGGUUGUAUGAUUGAUCUGACUGAGAUGAACAUCAUGUUCACACUCAACGGGGAAAUGUUGAUCAGUGACUCAGGCUCAGAGAUGGCAUUCAAAGACAUUGAAAUCGGGGAAGGUUUUAUCCCAGUGUGCGCCCUGGGCCUGUCUCAGGUUGGAAGGAUUAAUCUUGGUCGGAAUGUCAGCAGCCUGCGCUACUUUGCCAUCUGUGGCCUGCAGGAAGGAUUUGAACCUUUUGCCAUCAAUAUGAAGCGAGACACUACCAUGUGGUUCAGUAAAAGUUUGCCCCAGUUUGUGCCUGUACCCACUGAUCACAAUCAUAUUGAGGUCUCCCGUGUGGAUGGGACUGUGGACAGUGCCCCCUGUCUGAAGCUGACCCAUAAGACCUUUGGCUCGCAAAAUGCCAAUACCGAUAUGCUAUUCCUCAGACUGAGCAUGCCCGUCCAGUUCCACGAGACCUUCAAGAUCCAGGCAGGCACCACCCCUCUCACCCGUGCCCUCACCAUACCUGAGGAGGAAGUGGUAGUGGUGGAGCCCGACUCAGAGUUUGAAGUUCUGAAAAAGUCUGCCAGUCGCAAGGAGCAGGAGGAGGACAAGAAGGAGCCAUCCGUACCUAAGGAGAUCUCUGUGGAAAAUGAGAAGGACACAGUGUCAGAAAAGGGAAAGAAAAGAGGAUUCUUCUCCAAGGCCAAGAAGGCUGCCAUGACACCUCUUUCCCCCCCUCCUGCCCCUCCAACAGUGCCACGUUUGGUGGAAGAUGUGGUCCCAGAUGACAGAGAUGACCCUGAAAUCAUACUUCAUACCACCACUUAUUACUACUCUGUGAGGAUCUUUGCAGGCCAGGAGCCUUCUGGUGUGUGGAUUGGCUGGGUCACUCCUGACUACCACCAGUAUGAUCCAACCUUUGACCUCUCCAAAGUUCGCUGUGCCACUGUUACUGUGGGAGAUGACAAAGGCAACAUACAUGAUAGUAUGAAGCAUAGUAACUGUUACAUGGUGUGGGGAGGGGACCUAGUCAGCAAUCAGCAGACCCGCUUCAGCCAGGAGGACAUGGUGGUUGGCUGCUUGGUGGACUUGGCAACAGGUCUCAUGACCUUUACAGCUAAUGGAAAGGAGAUUAACACCUUCUACCAGGUGGAGCCCAAUGCCAAGCUGUUUCCCGCCGUCUUUGUUCAACCCUCCAAUCAGAACAUGGUGCAGCUGGAGCUGGGCAAACUGAAGAACAUCAUGCCCAUCUCGGCAGCCAUGUUCCGCAGCGAGCGCAAGAACCCAGUUCCCCAGUGCCCUCCCAGGCUGGAUGUCCAGAUGCUGACCCCAGUUAUUUGGAGUCGUAUGCCCAAUCACUUCCUCAACCCGGAAGUGGGCAGAGUGAGUGAGAGAUUGGGCUGGAUGGUGGAGUGCACUGAACCUCUCAUCAUGAUGGCUCUACACAUCCCAGAAGAAAACAGGUGUAUUGACAUCUUGGAGCUGUCGGAACGCCAGGAUCUGAUGAAGUUCCACUACCACACACUUAUGCUCUACUGCGCUGUGUGUGCACUUGGCAAUAAUCGAGUGGCUCAUGCCUUGUGCAGCCAUGUUGAUGAAUCCCAGCUUUUCUAUGCCACCGAGAACACCUACCUGCCUGGACCUCUUCGAAGUGGCUACUAUGACUUGCUCAUCAGCAUUCACCUGGAGUCUGCCAAACGGGCACGCCUGGGCACCAACAGGGAGUUCAUUGUCCCCAUGAGUGAAGAGACCCUCAGCAUCAAGCUCUAUCCUGAUGCAAACAAGGCCCAUUCUCUCCCUGGUGUUGGCCUCACCACCUGCUUACGGCCCAAGCUGCAUUUCUCAUCCAUCAACUUUGUCGGCACGGACCCUGACCUGUACACCCUUAGUCCUAUUUUCCCCCUGCAGGAACUGAAGACCAGGGCGAUUAGCAUGUUAACAGAGGCUGUGCUGGAUGGUAGUCAGGCUAUGCGGGAUCCAGUAGGAGGCAGUGUGGAGUUCCACUUUGUCCCAAUCCUGAAACUGAUCAGUACACUCCUCAUUAUGGGCAUCUUCAACGAUGAGGACACCAAGCACAUCCUCAAGAUGAUUGAUCCAAAUGUUUUCACGGAGGAGGAAGAUGAGGCCGAGCUUGAAGACGAAGGGGUCGGUGAGGAGGAAGAGGAGGAGCUGAAAAUUUCAGAAAAAGGAGAGCAUAAGGAGGAAGAUGCUGAGCCUAAGGAGGAAGGAGAAGAGGGGGAGAAGGAGGAGGACGGAGAGGCCAGAAAAGAAGAGGGUCUGGAAGAGGGCUUACUCCAGAUGAAGCUACCAGAGUCUGUCAAACUGCAGAUGUGCACACUCCUGCAGUACUUCUGCGACUGCGAGCUGCGACACAGAGUGGAAGCCAUUGUGGCCUAUUCAGACCAGUUUGUCCAUGAUAUUCAGAACAACCAACGUGUUCGUUACAACCUGUUAAUGAGAGCCUUCACCAUGUCAGCUGCUGAGACUGCACGCAAGACCCGAGAGUUUCGUUCACCACCACAGGACCAGGUUCUUUUGCUGACCAAUUUUAAACACAAUCCAGAGGACGAGGACUGUCCAGUGCCUGAGGAGGUGCGGGACACCCUGGGAGACUUCCACAAUGACCUUCUGCUUCACUGUGGUAUACAAAUUGAGGAGGAGGCAGAGGAAGAGGAGGUGGACACCUCACUGGGGGGCAGACUCCUCAGUCUGGUCGACAAGAUCAAGAACUUGCGCAAGAAGAAGGAGGAGGAGAAGCCAGAAGCUGAGGAGGAACCAAAACCCAACACCCUUCAGGAACUGAUCUCCCACACCAUGAUCCACUGGGCCCAGGAGUCGUUCAUUCAGAACCCUGAGCUGGUGCGUCUAAUGUUCAGCCUGCUCCACAGACAGUAUGAUGGCCUCGGCGAGCUGAUACGAGCGCUGCCCAAAGCCUACGCCAUCAACGCCGUGUCUGUUCAGGACACCAUGGACUUACUCGAGUGUUUGGGACAGAUCCGUUCGCUGCUUAUUGUCCAGAUGGGCCCAGAAGAGGAGCGGCUCAUGAUCCAGAGCAUUGGGAACAUCAUGAACAACAAGGUGUUCUACCAACACCCCAAUCUGAUGAGGGCUCUUGGAAUGCAUGAGACUGUCAUGGAGGUGAUGGUCAAUGUGUUGGGCGGAGGAGGAGACUCGAAGGAGAUUCGAUUCCCCCAGAUGGUGACCAACUGCUGUCGUUUCCUGUGUUACUUCUGUCGUAUCAGCCGACAGAACCAGCGCUCCAUGUUCGACCACCUGAGCUACCUGCUACAGAACAGUGGCAUCGGCUUGGGCAUGCGUGGGUCCACACCUCUGGAUGUAGCUGCAGCUUCCUGCAUUGACAACAAUGAGCUGGCUUUGGCUCUACAAGAGCAGGACCUGGAAAUGGUGGUAACAUACUUGGCAGGCUGCGGGCUGCAGAUGUGUCCAAUGCUCCUUUCUAAGGGUUACCCCGACAUUGGCUGGAACCCCUGUGGAGGAGAGAGAUACCUGGAUUUCCUGCGCUUUGCUGUCUUUGUUAAUGGAGAGAGCGUGGAGGAGAAUGCUAACGUUGUGGUGCGUCUGCUAAUCCGCCGACCCGAGUGCUUCGGCCCAGCCCUAAGAGGAGAGGGUGGAAAUGGUCUGCUGGCUGCCAUGGAGGAGGCCAUCAAGAUCUCAGAGGAUCCAGCAAGAGAUGGACCCACUGUCAAAAAAGACAGGCGCUUCAUGUUUGGUGGGGAAGAACAACAUGAGGAGAACCGCGUACAUCUGGGAAAUGCCAUCAUGUCAUUCUACUCAGCCCUCAUUGAUUUGCUAGGUCGCUGCGCCCCCGAGAUGCAUCUGAUCCAAGCUGGCAAGGGUGAGGCUCUAAGAAUCAGAGCCAUCUUGAGGUCUCUGGUGCCCAUUGAGGACCUGGUGGGAGUCAUCAGCUUGCCUGUGCAGAUUCCUGCCUAUGGCAAAGAUGGCCAGAUUAUUGAGCCUAAGAUGUCAGCCAGUUUUGUGCCAGACCACAAAGCCUCCAUGGUGCUGUUCCUUGACAGAGUGUAUGGUAUUGAAAACCAGGACUUCUUGCUUCAUGUGCUGGAGGUUGGCUUCCUGCCUGACAUGAGAGCUGCAGCCUCUUUGGACACGGUGGCGUUCAGUACAACUGAAAUGGCCUUGGCACUGAACCGCUACCUCUGUUCGGCUGUUCUGCCUCUGCUCACCAAGUGUGCACCGUUGUUUGCUGGGACAGACCACCGGGCCAUCAUGAUUGACUCAAUGCUCCACACCAUCUAUCGUUUGUCCCGCGGCCGAGCCCUUACCAAAGCUCAGAGGGACGUCAUUGAGGAGUGCCUCAUGUCGCUCUGCAAGUACCUUCGACCCUCAAUGCUGCAGCAUCUGCUGAGACGGCUGGUAUUUGAUGUCCCCAUCCUUAACGAAUAUGCAAAGAUGCCUCUCAAGCUGUUGACUAAUCACUAUGAGCGCUGUUGGAAGUACUACUGCUUGCCUAACGGAUGGGCUAAUUUUGGGGUGACCUCAGAGGAGGAGCUACAUCUUUCUCGUAAACUCUUUUGGGGAAUCUUUGAAUCUUUGGCACACAAGAAAUUUGAUGCAGAGCUCUUCAAGAUCGCCAUGCCCUGCCUCUGCGGUAUAGCUGGAGCCAUCCCGCCUGACUAUGUGGAUGCCAGCUACUCCUCUCACACUGAGAAAAAGGCCUCUGUGGAUGCUGAAGGCAACUUUGAUCCCAAACCAGUUGAGACCACCAACACCAUCAUCCCAGAGAGGCUGGAUGCCUUCAUCAACAAGUACGCAGAGCACACUCAUGACAAAUGGGCCUUUGAAAAGAUUCAGAACAACUGGACCUACGGAGAGGUGUUAGAUGAGAAUGCUAAGAGUCACCCAAUGCUCCGGCCAUACAAAACGUUCUCUGAGAAGGAUAAGGAGAUAUACCGUUGGCCCAUCAAAGAAUCCAUCAAAGCUAUGCUGGCCUGGGAGUGGACCUUGGAGAAAGCCAGGGAUGGGGAGGCAGAGGUCGAGAAGAAGGCCACCACACGCAAGAUCUCCCAAACUGCUCAGGCUACCUAUGAUCCCAGUCACGGCUACAACCCUCAGCCAGUAGAUAUCUCAGGAAUGGCCCUGUCCAGAGAGCUGCAGUCUAUGGCUGAGCAGCUGGCUGAGAACUAUCACAACACCUGGGGCAGGAAGAAGAAGUUGGAGCUACAGGCCAAAGGUGGCGGCACCCAUCCUUUGCUUGUGCCUUAUGACACCUUAACGGCUAAGGAGAAGGCCAGGGACAGGGAGAAGGCCCAGGACCUGCUUAAGUUUCUCCAGCUCAAUGGAUAUGCUGUGACAAGGGGACUGAAGGACAUGGAGCAGGACAUUUCCUCCAUUGAGAAGCGCUUUGCCUAUGGCUUCCUCCAGAAGCUUCUGAAAUGGAUGGACAUUGCCCAGGAGUUCAUUGCUCAUCUUGAGGCUGUGGUUAGCAGUGGUAGAGUGGAGAAGUCACCACAUGAACAAGAGAUCAAAUUCUUCGCCAAGAUCCUCUUGCCACUGGUCAAUCAGUACUUUAAGAACCACUGCCUCUACUUUCUCUCCACUCCUGCUAAAGUCUUGGGUAGUGGAGGACAUUCCUCCAACAAGGAGAAGGAGAUGAUUGCAAGUAUCUUCUGUAAGUUGGCUGCUUUGGUGAGGCACAGAGUAUCUCUUUUUGGAACAGAUGCAGGUGCAGUGGUAAACUGUCUGCACAUCCUGUCAAGAUCACUGGAUGCAAGGACUGUUAUGAAAUCAGGCCCUGAGAUUGUUAAGGCAGGCCUGCGUCAGUUCUUUGAGAGUGCUGCAGAUGACAUUGAAAAGAUGGUUGAGAAUCUGAAACUGGGUAAAGUGUCCAGUCGCAACCAGGUAAAGGGUGUGUCCCAGAAUAUCAACUACACCACCACUGCCUUGCUGCCAGUCCUCACUUCACUGUUUGACCACAUUGCCCAGCACCAGUUUGGAGAUGACGUCAUGAUGGAUGACUUGCAAAUAUCCUGCUAUCGUUUAAUGUGCAGCAUCUACUCUUUGGGAACUGUGAAGACUCCACAUGCAGAGAAACAGCGACCAGCUCUUGGCGAGUGUUUGGCCCACUUAGCAGCUGCUAUGCCAGUGGCCUUCCUUGAGCCAGCACUGAACGAGUUCAACACAUUUUCUGUUUACACCACAAAGACUCCCAGAGAAAGAUCCAUUCUGGGUCUUCCCAACCAAGUGGAGGAGCUGUGCCCUGACAUCCCAGAGAUGGAGAUCCUGAUGAAGGACAUCCAUGACCUAGCUGAGUCUGGGGCUCGCUACACAGAAAUGCCCCAUGUGAUUGAGAUCACCCUGCCCAUGUUGUGUAACUACCUCCCACGCUGGUGGGAGAGGGGCCUAGAGAAUUUCCCCGAGCUGGAGGGCCAGAUCUGCACCUCUGUCACCUCCGAGCAUCUUAACCAGCUGCUGGGUAGCAUCAUGAAGAUUGUGGUUAACAACCUGGGUAUAGACGAGGCCUCCUGGAUGAAGAGAUUGGCAGUGUUUGCCCAGCCCAUUGUAAGCAGGGCUAAACCAGAGAUGCUUAAAUCCCACUUCAUCCCCACCAUGGAAAAGCUGAAGAAGCGCGCUGGAAAGGUGGUGGCUGAGGAGGAUCAGCUGCGCAUGGAGGGCAAGACGGAGGUGGACAGUGAAAAUGGGACCAUCCGAGAUGAAUUUGCUGUGCUGUGUCGUGACCUGUACGCUCUCUACCCCUUGCUCAUCCGCUACGUGGACAAUAACAGGGCCAGGUGGUUGACCUGUCCAGACCCUGAUGCAGAGGAACUUUUCAGGAUGGUGGGAGAGGUCUUUAUUUUCUGGUCCAAAUCCCAUAACUUUAAGCGGGAGGAGCAGAAUUUUGUAGUGAUGAAUGAGAUCAACAACAUGUCCUUCCUGACUGCUGACAGUAAGAGCAAGAUGAGUAAGGCCGGAGAUGGAGAGUCUGGAGGCUCGGAGCAGGAGCGUACCAAGAAGAAAAGGCGGGGGGAUCGCUACUCUGUGCAGACCUCCCUCAUUGUUGCAGCAUUAAAGAAGCUGCUUCCCAUCGGCCUCAAUAUGUGCUCUCCUGCAGACCAGGAGCUCAUCAAUCUUGCCAAGAUCAGAUAUUCACUGAAAGAUACAGAUGAAGAGGUGAGGGAGUUUUUGCACAACAAUCUGCAUCUGCAAGGCAAGGUGGAGGACCCUGCUAUGCGCUGGCAAAUGUCUCUUUAUAAGGAGAUGGCUGGGAAGGCUGAGGAUGCUGAGGACCCUGAGAAGGUGGUGAAAAGGGUCCAAGAGGUGUCUGCUGUCCUUUACCACAUCGAGGUGACAGAGCAUCCCUUCAAGUCAAAGAAAAUGGUGUGGCACAAGCUGCUGUCCAAACAGCGUCGCAGGGCUGUAGUGGCCUGCUUCAGGAUGACACCCCUGUACAACAUCCCCACGCACAGGGCAACCAACAUGUUCUUGGACGCCUACAAGCGCAACUGGUUGGAGACUGAGGGUUACUCAUUUGAAGACAAAAUGAUUGAUGACUUAUCCAAAGCCAUGGAGGAAGAGGAGGAAGAGGAGGAGGAGACCGAGACGAAGCCUGACCCCCUUCAUCAGCUGAUUCUUCAUUUCAGCCGCACAGCUCUCACAGAAAAGACUAAACUUGACGUUGACCAUCUCUACAUGUCUUAUGCUGAUAUUAUGGCAAAGAGCUGCCACAUUGGUGAGGAGGACGAAGGGGGAGAACAGGAGGGGGAGGAGCCAUCCUUUGAGGAAAAGGAGAUGGAGAAACAGCGGCUUCUGUACCAGCAGUCCCGUCUACACAACCGCGGGGCUGCAGAGAUGGUGCUGCAGAUGAUCAGUGCCUGUAAAGGUGAACCUGGAGCCAUGGUUUCUUCCACACUCAAACUGGGAAUCUCCAUCCUCAAUGGAGGCAACAGUGAUGUACAGCAGAGAAUGCUGGACUAUCUGAAGGAUAAAAAGGAUGUGGGAUUCUUCCUUAGCGUUCAGGCUCUGAUGCAGACCUGCAGUGUUUUGGACCUGAAUGCUUUCGAGAGACAGAACAAGGCAGAGGGACUUGGGAUGGUUUCAGAGGAGGGCACAAAUAAGAAGCUAGAACGUGAUGAGAAAGUGAUGGCGGACGAUGAAUUUACAUGUGACCUCUUCCGCUUCCUCCAGCUUCUUUGUGAGGGCCACAAUAAUGAUUUUCAGAACUACCUGAGAACUCAGACAGGCAGCACCACUACCAUCAACGUCAUCAUCUGCACUGUGGACUACCUGCUUCGACUACAGGAGUCAAUCAGUGACUUUUACUGGUACUACUCAGGGAAAGACAUUAUUGAUGAGCCUGGAAAGAGGAAUUUCUCCAAAGCAAUGACUGUGGCUAAGCAGGUCUUCAACAGCUUGACCGAGUACAUCCAGGGUCCCUGUACUGGUAACCAGCAGUCUCUGGCCCACAGCAGGUUGUGGGAUGCUGUUGUGGGUUUCUUGCACGUCUUUGCUCACAUGAUGAUGAAACUUGCUCAGAGUAAAGACUCCAGUCAGAUUGGACUGUUGAAGGAGCUGUUGGAUCUGCAGAAGGACAUGGUAGUGAUGCUCCUGUCUCUGCUUGAAGGCAAUGUGGUGAAUGGCACCAUUGCCAGGCAGAUGGUUGACAUGCUGGUGGAGUCCUCCAGCAAUGUGGAGAUGAUCCUGAAGUUCUUUGACAUGUUCCUCAAGCUGAAGGACAUAGUGGCAUCUGACGCCUUCCGAGAUUAUGUGACCGACCCCCGUGGCCUAAUCUCCAAGAAGGACUUCUCCAAGGCCAUGGACAGCCAGAAGCAAUACUCUCCCUCAGAAAUCCAGUUCCUCCUCUCUUGCUCAGAGGCCGAUGAGAAUGAGAUGAUCAACUUUGAGGAGUUUGCCGAUCGUUUCCAGGAGCCAGCUAAAGACAUCGGUUUCAAUAUUGCCGUUCUGCUCACGAACCUAUCAGAGCACGUACCCCAUGACACUCGCCUCCAGAACUUCCUGGAGCAGGCAGAGAGUGUACUCAACUACUUCCGCCCUUUCCUUGGCCGCAUUGAGAUCAUGGGAGCCAGCAGGAAGAUUGAGCGCAUUUACUUUGAAAUCAGCGAGGCGAAUCGCAACCAGUGGGAGAUGCCUCAAGUCAGGGAGUCCAAACGGCAGUUCAUCUUCGACGUGGUCAAUGAGGGCGGUGAGAGUGAGAAAAUGGAGAUGUUUGUGAACUUCUGUGAGGACACCAUCUUUGAGAUGAACAUUGCUGCAUCUAUAUCUGAGCCUGAGGGAGAUGGUGCUGAAGAAGAAGAUGAUGAGGAAGAAGAGGAGGGCGGGGGAGAAGAAGGAGAGUCUGGAGAAGGAGAUGAAGGCAAUGGAGCAGGAGAAGCUCCAGAGUCAACGUCAGCCUUUGCAGACUUUCUGAAGAGCGUGGUUGACUUCUUCAAUAUGUUCACCUUCCGUAACCUGCGGCGUCGCUACCGCAAAUUAAGAAAAAUGACGGUGAAGGAGAUUGUGGUCAGCCUGUUCACAUUUAUCUACACUAUCGUGAUGGGUAUCCUGAUGUUUGUUUAUAGUAUAUGUAAGGGCUUCUUCACGCUCAUAUGGAAGGUGCUGUUUGGUGGAGGGUUAGUAGAGAGCGCCAAGAAGAUAACAGUCACAGAGAUCCUAGCCAGCAUGCCAGAUCCCACACAGGACGAAGUUCACGGGGACCUGCCACCUGAACCGGGGGCUGGAGAGGUCCAAGACACAGAAGGAGUGACAGACCUUUUAGAUGCUGUGGGAGGAGAGGAAGAAGAGGAGGAUAGCGAGGAGAGGGAAGGUGGACGUCUGCCUGGUUUCAACACUCCUGGAGGACUUGGAGACUUUGGUGAGACGACACCUGAAGAGCCUCCCACUCCAGAGGGCACGCCGCUGCUGAAGAGAAAAUUGUUGGCCGCCACAGUGGGAGGACAAGGAGAGGAAGAAAAAGUUGAACCUGAAGAAGAGGCUCCUCAGGAGACUGAGAAAGCGGACACUGAAAAUGGAGAGAAGGCCGAGAAGGCAGAGCCAGAAGUCGAGGUUAAGCAGGAAGAGCCUGAGGAGACAGAGGAAAAGACUGUGAAGACCAAGGCGAAGAAAGACAAGAAACAUGCCGAGGAGGGCUUUGAGCUGUGGAAUGAGCUGGAGGUUCAGAGGAUUAAAUUUAUGAACUACCUUUCUCGCAACUUCUACAACCUACGGUUCUUGGCUCUGUUCAUCGCCUUCGCUCUGAAUUUCAUCCUGCUCUUCUACAAGGUGUCUGACAGUCCCCCGGGUGAGGAGGAUUUUGAAGGUUCUGGUCUGUUUGAAGGAUCUGGCCUAUUUGAGGGCUCUGGUGCUGAGGAGGAUGGGUCUGGAUUAGAUGACGGAGGAGGAGAAGAUGAUGAUGAAGAAGGUCCCAUGUACUACUUCUUGGAAGAGAGCACAGGCUACAUGGAGCCAGCCAUGGCUUUCUUCGGUAUCGUGCACACCAUCAUCUCCUUCCUCUGUAUCAUCGGCUACAACUGUCUCAAGGUCCCUCUGGUUAUCUUCAAAAGAGAGAAGGAGCUGGCCAGAAAGCUGGAGUUUGAUGGCCUGUAUGUCACUGAGCAGCCUGAGGACGAUGACAUCAAGGGCCAGUGGGACAGACUGGUGCUCAACACUCCAACUUUCCCCAACAAUUACUGGGACAAGUUUGUGAAAAGAAAGGUGCUGGAUAAGUAUGGUGACAUCUAUGGCAGAGAGAGGAUUGCAGAGUUGCUUGGUAUGGACUUGGCUUCUCUGGAUGUCAGCGCCAUGACGCAUGAAAAGAAGCCUGAACCAGACACCUCAAUGUUCAGCUGGAUAACAUCUAUAGACAUCAAGUACCAGAUCUGGAAGUUCGGUGUUGUUUUCACUGACAAUACUUUCCUCUACCUGGUUUGGUACUUGCUAAUGUCUCUGCUUGGACACUACAACAACUUCUUCUUCGCCGCUCAUCUUCUGGACAUCGCUAUGGGUGUCAAAACCCUGCGCACCAUUCUGUCCUCUGUUACUCACAACGGCAAACAGCUGAUGAUGACAGUGGGCUUGCUUGCCGUAGUGGUGUACCUGUACACCGUGGUGGCCUUCAACUUCUUCCGCAAGUUCUACAAUAAGAGUGAGGAUGAGGAUGAACCCGACAUGAAGUGUGAUGACAUGAUGACUUGUUACCUGUUCCACAUGUAUGUUGGCGUGCGUGCUGGUGGUGGCAUAGGAGAUGAAAUUGAAGACCCGGCAGGAGAUGAAUACGAGCUCUACCGAGUGGUCUUUGACAUUACCUUCUUCUUCUUCGUCAUUGUCAUCCUGCUGGCCAUCAUCCAGGGUUUGAUCAUUGAUGCCUUUGGAGAGCUGAGAGACCAGCAGGAGCAGGUCAGAGAGGACAUGGAGACAAAGUGUUUCAUCUGUGGAAUAGGAAGCGACUACUUUGACACGACGCCACACGGCUUCGAGACACACACCUUAGAAGAACACAACUUAGCCAACUACAUGUUCUUCCUGAUGUAUCUCAUAAAUAAAGAUGAGACUGAACAUACAGGACAGGAGUCAUACGUGUGGAAGAUGUACCAGGAGCGAUGCUGGGACUUCUUCCCAGCUGGAGACUGCUUCAGGAAGCAGUAUGAGGAUCAACUCGGUUAAUGUCCUGCAUCGUUAGUGUGCGUCUGAAGGAGAAAGAGAGGAGGGGAGAGGAGGGAAAUUCAGCGAGAGGAAAGAUUAGAAGUUUAGAGAUCGAACACGUCUGUGUCUUAGUUUUGUCCUUUGUCUGCACAUUUCUCUCCUCUGUUGAAGCUAUGCACACUUUGACUGCACUAUUGUACCACCUGCAGCAGAAUGUUGAUAGAUUUGAGAAAAGCAGACAAAUAAUAUCAGAGAGGCAUAAAACGAAGCCGGGGCCUUUUGAUUCCACUAUGAAUACACUACAUGGCCUUUUUUGUGUAAAAUAUACAUAGAUUGCCUUGCAUAUCAAUGUGUUUAUACACAACGGGCUCCUUCAGUCGCUACUGCUGUAAACGUUAUAGUGCCUAUAGCAAUGUCACUGCUUUAGCGAUCGGAUAGUGUAGAUUUUUAGCUGUAACACUUUUAUUUGAGAUUAGAGUGGACAUGUUUAUUUCUAUUGUUUGUAAGGUUGGGUUUUUUUUUUUUGUAUGUGGCUGCUGCCAUUUGAUAUUUCAUUUCUGAUUUCUGGUGUUUCAGUGAGAGAGCGUUUUGAAAGAAAAUGAUUCAGCAGCUCAAAGUCACAUCGUCAAAUCCUUGAGGGAGCAGUGAACAUUUUAGCCCCCACCCCCUCACUACUUUUCUUCCUCUCUCAAGUAUUAGAAACACGUCUUCAGACAAGCUAUCGUGAAUGGAAACUCUUGUUGGACUGACUUGCCAAGAUUAUACACAGAGUACCAUCUGCGUACGUGACAAACACCAGUGUGAAUCAGCUGUAUAGACAGACCCAGUUUGCACUCUGAAGUCUUACAAAGCGUCCCUGGAUGUAUGUGGUCCCUCAUCUCCACUGGUGUCGCUGUGCCAUAUAAGAUAGUGAUGAUGUACACACAUACAGCGUAAGAGGAUGCCAAGGUUGUUUAUUUAUUGUUUAUAUGCAGAUCAAAUCUUCUGAAGACGACCGUUUUAGCCCGUCUGUAUUUCUGGCCAACAGUCUGUUUUAUGACACUUUAUGCACAAGUAGGUUUUUGUCAGUGCAUUAAAAUAAGUAAUGAAUGUAUUUAAUGUAUACAUCUUGGCCAGAGUGUCAUCUGUAUAACUGAAUCAUGUCUAGGCUGCUUAGAGGCCUUUUGAUGAAAAGACAUAUUUUACAUAAAUCAUAGAUACAUAUAUUUAUUUUUCUUUAGGGCUUUGAAGAAUUUAAACGAUCAUGCUACUUUGUCGGAUAUGAACGUGUCAUGUGUCCUGUUUGUGAAAUCCACAGAAGAUGAGAAUCGGUGUCACACUGAAGUAAAUGCCCAGUUUGCAGUCAGAAGAUCCGAUUGGCUUUUGUUUUGGCUAGUUAGGUUUUUAUGGUAGAUAUUUUUAGGAAUCCAGCAUAUCAGUUAUUUUUCUCAAUCAAGAAAGUCAUGUGUGAUGCGUUGAUCUCAGACAGUUCUGUCUCACUAUGCCUCUUACAGAUCACAUACAAACUCACAAACCCUCCAUCUUCUAUCUAAUGUUAUGACUCACUUUGUCAGAUGCAGAGCAGCAUUUUGUGUGCUAAUGACUCUGAAGUGUGUAUUUGCUGCUGUGGUCCACUCAGAGGCAGUUGAUGGUAUGGAGCUGAAUAGAGAUCACUACUUUCCACCUGACUGAGUGUCCUCUGACUGAACCCUGUGUUUCAAUACAGAAUAAACAGAUUAUUUUAA